UUUACCUUUCUUCAGUCGCACAGGUGAUAGCCAAGUGUGCGGGCAUGAAGUCCUUUUGGCCCAGCCAAAAACUGACCCUGGCUCUGCUGGGGUCGCUCGUUCUAGCGAGUCUGGGGGCGGCGGGGCCACGAAAAUACAAGAUUCGUGAUGAACGCGAAGCAGAGGAAUUUAUGAAGGAACUGGACGUCAGAUAUUCCCAUGAGUGUAAUUUGGAGACGCUGGCGAGAUGGGACUACAUGGUCGACGUCGCGGACGAUGAUAAGGAAGCCGCGGCUAACAAGGCCGCAGUAAGGUACCUCGACUUCCAAGGGGAAGCCGCCGUCAACGCUUCCAAAUUCGACUACAGCGGAUUUGAAAGCGUCGACCUCUAUAGACGGUUUAGGUUCCUCUCGAAAAAGGGACCCGGAGCCCUCAGUGUCGAAGACCUGACUAAGUAUAAAAAUCACCAGUCCAAGAUGGAGAACAUUUACAGCACAGCGACCAUCUGCGACUACCACGACCCAACCAAGUGCGGACUCGCGUUGGAGCCAGAUAUUGAGCUCAUCAUGGCGAGCUCUGAGGACUGGGAGGAGCUUCGCUAUGUCUGGGACCAGUGGCGAGAAGUGAGCGGGAAGCUGAUGAGGGAAGAUUUCAUCCAGUUCGUAGAGCUUUCAAAUAAAGCGGCAGCUCUCGAUGGCUUCCACGAUACGAGUGACUACUGGCUGAACAGCUACACCGUCGAUGAGCGGGAAGCCGCUGCCUUCCAGAUCGCCAACCCUCUCACCCAGGAUCAGUUUCAGGCUAUGGCGGACCAAGUCUGGCAGAAGGUAUCGACAGAACUGUACAAAAAACUGCACUCUUGGGUCCGAUGGAAGAUGGCGGACGUCUACCCGGAGCACAUAGACCUGACAGGACCCCUGCCUGCCAAUAUUCUCGGUAACAUGUGGGGUCAAGACUGGGUCAACAUCGCCCACCGCGUGAUGCCCUUCCCCGAGUUUCCCACCUACGACGUCAGCGAAAGCAUGGUGGAGAAUGGGUGGGACAUUCAGCAGAUCUUCGAAUCGGCCGAGGACUUCUUCGAGAGCAUCGGUUUAUUCCCGAUGACCCAGACAUUCUGGGACAAGAGCGUCGUCAACCAGACUGAGUGGGGUAGAGUCAUGAUGUGUCACGCUUCUGCCGAGGACUUCUGUCUGGGACCAGAGGGAGACGACUACAGGAUCAAAAUGUGCACCGAGGUCAACAUGGAAGACCUCGUGACCGUCCACCACGAAAUGGGUCACAUUGAAUACUUUAUGGCAUACAAGAACCUACCACACGUGUUCAGAGACUCUGCUAACCCAGGCAUCCACGAAGCCAUUGGGGACCUGAUUGCGCUGUCUGUGUCCACGCCCAGCCAUCUAGAGAAUGUGCUCCACCUAAUGCCAGGGGAAGGGGUUCGGUCAGGGACAUCGCCCGCCUCGGAAUACUCCGACGAUGAAAAGAGGGAUCUUAACUUCCUCAUGAGAAUGGCUCUCGAGAAGAUCGCUUUCCUCCCCUUUGGCUACCUGAUCGACAAGUUCCGCUGGGGCGUCUUCGAAGGGUCCGUCCCCACAGAUCAGAUGAAUGCCGCCUGGUGGCAACUGCGGGAGGAACUGCAGGGCGUCACUCCUCCAGGAGGCUCCAGGGGAGAAGAGUUUUUCGACGCAGGCGCGAAAUUCCACGUCCCCGCUAAUGUUCCAUACAUCAGGUACUUCGUCAGUUUCAUCACGCAGUUCCAGUUUCACGCUCACCUGUGCCAGGUGGCAGGACACCAAGGGCCCCUGCAUACCUGUGACAUCUACAACAACAGAGAUGCUGGCUCUGUGCUCAGGAACGCACUCGAGCGUGGGUUCUCCGAGCCUUGGCCGGUCGUCUUAAAGGAUCUCGGUGGAUCUCCAGACAUGGAUCCACAGGCCAUCAUCUCUUACUUUGAUCCUUUGAUCCAGUUCUUGGACAACGAGCUAGCCAAAGCUGGGCAGUGCAUUGGCUGGGGAGAGGAAUGUGUGAAAUCUAGCGUGGCAGCGUCAGGCAGUGCAGGAGUGCUUGCUUUGGAGGAAACCGAUUCAUCACUCACCUCUGAGCAGAGCACCUCUGUGACGAGCACUUCUGAGCAAAGUACCUCUGCAUCAGCCACCUCUGAGCAGAGCACUUCUGAGCAAAGUACCUUUGAAUCAACUACCGUGCAGAGCACCUCUGAGCACAGCACUUCUGAGCAAAGUACCUCUGCAUCAGCCACCUCUGAGCAGAGCACAUCUGAGCAAAGUACCUCUGCAUCAACCCCCUCCAUGCAGAGCACCACUGUAACAGCACCACCUUCCUCGCCUGUGACAGAACUCACGACCGAGCCUGUGACUGAUAAUCCUGCUAGUGAAGACGACGCCAAGAAGAGACUGGAGGAAAUGGAUAAUGCUAUGACCAUUCAUGUUCAAGAUUCUGCAUUGGCAGACUGGAACUACGAAACCAGCAUGACGGAAGAAAGCAAAAAUGCUUCGAUCGAAGCGUGGACGGACGUGAAGAACAACUUCCACGAUUUCCACGAAAAAACCAUCGACUACUUCACGUACGAAGGCUUCUCGGAGGGCGUAAAGCGACAGUUCGAACUCCAGAGAAUCUUGGAGUGGCCGCCCUCCCAAGGACGACCUUCAAAAUGUGAAUACUACUGCGGUUCUGCUCAGUUUCUCGUACCAUUGACUGACAUUGUGUCCCACAUGGUGUCUACAUUGGGCAAGAAGGUCUGCCCCGUCAGCAAUUCCGAAUGUGACGCCGAAAAGGAAGGGAUGGGAAUAUACGAAUUGGAAGCUAAGAUGACAAACGUCACGGAGUCCUAUGAUAACCUCAAGUACUACUGGCUGGAGUGGCGAAAGGUCAGUAAAGAACUCCUGCAGGACUACAAGGAAUACGUCGAGCUGGAGAAUAAGGCGGCCAAGCUGAAUGGAUUCAAUGACACUGGGCGCCUGUGGAUCGACCCCUACACCGAUGCAGAAUACACGGGUGACGAUUUUCUAUCGGAGGUUGCUGCUCUCUGGAACCAGACGAAGCCUUUCUAUGUCAACCUGAGGGCCUACGUCUUCCACAAACUCAAAGAGAAAUAUGGCGACGACAUCACGACGGACGAUCUCAUUCCUGCACAUAUUUUGGGUGACAUGUACGGCGAAAACUGGGAGAGCCUGUACGACCUUGUGGCACCCCACAACGACACACAUCUCCCCGACAUCAGCGACGUCCUCGAUGAGAAGCUGGGCACUGUGACUGACAUGACGAAACAGGUGGAAGAAUUCUUCAAUACGAUGAAUCUGUGUAUCACCAAAGCUGAUUUUCUGAAAUUCCCCUCAACUCUCCCCAGAAUCAAGAUGUGCGCCGCCAAAACUCAGGAUGAUUUCAUUACGUUGCACCACGAGAUGGCGCACAUAGAGUAUAUGAUGGCCUACAGCAGCAAUGGUAAAGAAGUCAUGCCCAUCGUUUUCAGGGACGGAGCCAAUCCUGCAUUCCAUGAAGCUGUGGGCAGUGCUAUUGGCCUAUCUGCAAGAAAUCCAGCGUACCUCCAAGAAGUCGAAGACAAGCUCAAGCAAGAGAAAGAGUUUACAAUCCGCAGCGAUGCAUUAGACGAAAAGUUGAUCCUGAAUCACCUAAUGAAAGUGGCCCUGGCGAAGAUCCCUGUUCUGCCAUACGCAUACAUACUGGAUUCUUGGCGAUGGGAAACUUUCAGCGACGAUACCAUGACGGAAUACAACAAGAGAUGGUGGGAGCUGAGAAUAGCUGAGGAAGGCAUAGCUCCACCAACGAAGAGGUUCCCAAAGUCUGAGUUCGAUGCGGGCUCGAAGUUCGAUGUUGCAGUUUCCAUACCUUACAUCUGGCGCUUUGUGGCUCAGGUGCUUCAGUUCCAGAUCCACCACAAGUUGGGUGAGAAGUGCAGUUGCCCCGAUGACAUCAACUGUCGAAUCUGGGAGUGCCCAGAUGCUGGCAGUAACCUCACGACACUGAUGUCUCGAGGAAGAUCCGUCAGAUGGCAGACUGCUCUGAACGACUUCCUGGGCAGUGAGAUUGGCCUGAACUCGGAAGCGCUGGAGAACUUCUUCAAGCCGCUGGACGAUUUCCUCACGAAGUACAUCACAGACCACGAAAUCGAUGUCACCUGGGACCCCGACCAGAUCAACAAAUACAUGGACAAAGAGCGUGAGGAGAUUUCUGCGACUGUUCCGAUCGUCGUGGGCGUCGUUCUGGCGUGCAUGGUCGUCGUCGUCAUUAUCGCCUACUUCGUGGGUCAAAAGAAACAGAAGAAGAAGCUGAAAGCGAUGGAGAGCCAGGUGGAGUCGGGGGGACAUACGAACAUGGAGAUGCAGCAGUCGAAGAAGGAAGAAUCUUCGGACAGUGAGGAGGAGAAGGAGAAAGAGACAGUGGAUGAGAGAUUUUAAAGAGACGGGGAGAAAGGUAUAAUAUUGUACUGGGAAAACUUGGGGAGGAAUAUGUCAUUAUAAAUGUUAGAUUUCUCCUGAGGAGCUCGACUUGCCGGUGUCUCUCCUCCUGAAGGGAGGUAUUAGUCAGAAAGUUUCUCUCCCAUCUUGAGUCCUGUUUCUUAAUCCAAAGUUGAGGUUUGUGAUAUGAAUGGAGUUUUUUAUCUUUUUUUUUAUUUUAUUUCUUAGCGAGUGUACUGCACUCGUUUUUGGAAUAUCACCCUGACUCUGAAGAUAAGGGGAGUUCAUUUCUCAAUGUCCAUUAGAUUCUCAUUGACUCCAUUUCAUCUGGACCAAAUGUCGAAAGCGACAGGGUGCUUUCGGUCGGAUUUUGAGGUAGAAUUCAGUGUUUGUUUCAUCUGCUCUCGGAAAUGCUGCGCUCCUCGACAGUCUUUCUCUCAAGUCUCCGUUUUCUUUCACUUUCUUUCACUUAUGCUUGAACGUGUUGAUGCUCUUCAGAUAUCUUUAGAUACUCAUUAAACUCUGUUUCACCUGUCUGUUUUGCUAUAUUAUACACUGUACCAUAAGAAAGUAACUAGGAUUUGUUGCUGCGCAUUAUAGCUCUAAAGCUACUCAGAGUUCUUAAUUAGUUCAAGUUUAUGUUACCGUGUUUGCUCAGACACUUGUCUGAGAAUUCCUUUCCUUGGGACUUUUUUUUUUUUUUUUUUCCCUUAUCUACGCUUUUCAAUAUGUAAUUCACCCACCCACCCUCCCUCAACCAGUACCUCGUUCCCAUCAAGGUACUUCUGAAUGACGCAUAAUUUUAAACCAUAGAUUGUGUCCCAUCGUAAUGUAUCCGAUCGUGUGUGUACUUUAUGUAUAUUGAACAUCAGUGUGUUGCAUGUAAGGUCAGUUUUGUGUACGUCUCAGUGUAUUGAUUGUAUAUCUAAGUUUGAACAUUUUCCAACAACAUCUUAAGUUAGUUCGAGAUGAGAGAGUAUUUAUGUUAUAAAUAUACUGUUUCUCCAAAUUAA